CCUAGCGCAACAAGAUUCUAGGCGUCAACUUUCCUUCUCCAGAAGCGCGCGAUGCCUGUACAAAAAUCGCGCCGAUCGAUGCUGACAGCUGGCUCCUUGCAGUGUGCACUACAGACUCAUUAAAACAAAGCAGGUUGCCGUGGCUGCUGCUGAGCUGCGAGGAAGCUGUGUUCCCCAAUUCCGUGACAUUUGUUCAGUGUUUUCAAAGGGAAAGCCACUUCAAAGUGGACAGCUUUGGCGCACUUCCACAGAGUCCAACUUCCAGUUCAAACUUUGCUUCCUGCUUCUUUUGAAGUGAUUCAUCCGGUCAAUUGCAGUAAUAAGCGCCGCCAUGUCUGCCCCUCAGCGCACCAACGAUCACGCCCCCUACCCGACCGGGGUCUCAAGCGCCGGUUUGCCCAACAGCAAUCCCACCUUUGGUAUUCCGGUCGCCGCCCCUUAUGUUGCGGGAGACUCCACCAGAGUGAGCGGGGCCCCCGCCCCACCUCCUGGGACGGGAGCUCAGUCCGCCACCUGGCAGCAGCCUGCGGCGCCAGCUGGCGAGACAUUCCACAGCAAUGUUGCGGCCGGAGGAGCGCCGCCCGCAGCGGGGGGGCAGAGUGCGUACGUGCAAACGCAGCCGGUGAAAGGGAACUUGUUUGACAAAUUCGUCACCCACAGCAAGAUUGCCCUCAACCAGGCAGAGGACGUAGCGCGAAAAGCAGCAGGACACGUCAGCGCCGGGGGCACAACCGGCAGUUCGCUGUCCACUGUGUGGGGCAAGCUCGAGUCGGGCGCCAAGCAGCUGAUGAAGGGCGGCCAAGAGCCCUUCUGGCGCGACAUCUUCCACCCGGCCCCGAGCGAGACCCUCCUGGGAGUCUAUGCGACCCACUUCUCCACUGAGAGGGGCCCUGUGGCGGGGAACCUGUUCCUCAGCAGCGAAAACGCAGCCUUCUGCUCCGAUAGGGCCCUGGAGUACCAGGCAGCACCGGGCGCCGUUCAGAAGGCAUACUACAAGCUGAUCCUGCCGCUCGACAAGAUUGCGAAUGUGGAGACGCUGCCCAAUCCGCAGCGCCCCAAGGAUCAGUACGUCAAAAUCUCAACCACCGACAAUCACGAGUUCUGGUUCCUGGCGUUCUUCGACCUGACCAGGGCGGUGGAGGCAGUCCAGGUGGCGGUCACAUCGGCACGCAGCCGGCAAUACACGUCGGGGUCGUCGGGCAUGCCUAGCACGGGGACAACCGCGACCGGAGUUCCCGCGAGCAGCGUUCCGCCGACAAGCCACGUGUAACGAUGACAAUUUUGGUAUCUGCUUCCUUCAUCGUCAAACCUGUAUAUUACGCAUGUGCUGAAGAGCUUGUCGGAGGGGUGGCCUUACGAAGUGGUCGUGGAGAGCUGCUUCGAAGCUCAAGGGGCCACUGGCUAGCCCCUGAGGGCAAGUUACAUAGGGCGAAUUACAUAGACACAUGCACUUUCUUAGUACGCCCUACUGGAGCGUAUUCCCAUGCAUAAUCAUUUUGACAAAGGUCAUCGUGUAAUACAACAUCUGGUGUCAGUUGCCAUGGGCAUCCGGCCCUAUGCCAACUUGGGCAGCACGACGUGAUUUUCGAAGUUAAGACGGUCAGGGCCAAUUGUACGAGAAUGUACUGGCUUUACCAGAUUAUUGAAACUGCAAGCUCGGUGUCCUAGCUCUGGCGUCGAGGACUCCAUGCCGUCUACUAUCCAUUGAGACAU